UAAGUACUUUUUCUUUUCUUCUAUUUGCUUCAUGCUCAAGCAUCUCAUACGUCACUUCCAAAGCUCCUCUCACCAAGAAACACCAAUGGCCGCAGCAUCGGCCGCUGCUCCGGUCGCCGUCGGGACACGAGGCACUGUCGGAUCGCUCGUUCGCAAAGAGAUCGAUUAUUUCCGAACCUUCGAUCAACGAAACUGCAUUCCGAAUGGAAACUUCGACAGCGAUAAUCAUCUUCCGACAGGCCGGACAAAGCUAAGUUCUUGGUUCUCAAAAACCAGAUGGAGGAGGAAGAAGCGGCGGAGCUCCGGCGACGGGUUCUUGCCGACCAUGUGCUCUUCGGCGGAGGUUUCCGGCGAGAAUCGGAUUUCGGGUUUCAGUUACAGGAUCUUGAAGAAUGACCAAAAGGGUUAUACGUAAAGGACAGAUAUGGGCAAGAACAUGUGUAUUCGAGUCUCUUUUUCUCUUUUAAUUUUGCAUUAUGAAACGUUUUUGUUUAUUUUUCUUCAUUUUCCGGUGUAUAUAUUAUAUUAGUUCGGAUCUUCACUAAACCGAUAUUUCAAUUCGAAGGGUCAAAGCUGUGUUCCUAAUUCGAUUUCGGUUCGGUUAAAACAUUUCGGUUUGCCAUCUUGCCGAUGUAUUGCCGCGUGCUUCCACGUGGCACAAGUCGGUCCCACACAAAACCCUAGUCGACUCCGAUUUGUCUUCUCCUUCCCGGGUCGAAGGAAGAAAGCGAACAGAUUCCGAUCGCAAAAA